UUGAUUCUUGUUGAUACACACACGGAAAAAUAUCCUUUUUGUGGUUUUUCCGUUCGAAGCGAAUGGCAUAGUAUGUUAUCAACAGUGGACUGGUGAUGUUACGUAAAUUAAGGCGGUUUCACUGUAACGGUUUUUCUGAUGCAUAGUUUUCAAAGCAAACUUAUUUGAUCAGAAUGUCUAUGAUUUUGCUGGACAAGUGACCACAAAGAAAGCACACACACAAAGUUGUUUCUGCCAGUUGUAAUUUAUUCAGCAAGAAAUUGCUCGUUCUUUUCAUGCUGUUUGUUUAUCCAACGUCUUUUGCCGACGACAUAAUAUAAUAUGUAAGCAACACAAAACAUUAUUAUGACGGGAAUAUAUUUGUCAUUAUAAUAAGAUUUGGUGAUAAGAGUGAAAAAGUGACAUAAAUUUUCAUAAUAGGAUUAAUAUUAUCAGUAAUUUACAUAAGAAGGAUACAAAAACACUUGUGAAUUCGCGAGAAAAGGGAAGAAUGUUGAAGGGGUGUCUUGCUUUGGAAUAAAAAAGACUGCUGUUUUUAACCAAGCAACAUAAAUCAUUUGCAACUAGACGCUUUACAACAACAACAACAAAGGCGAGAGAAAAAAGUUAACUCAUUUACUGUGUGCAUGAGUCAACCACAAUACGAAAACUACCGCAAAUAAAACAAAAAAAAUAGAAAGUGAAAACAUGUCAAAUAAGCCAGAGAAAUGUGCCACAAUAAUUGACAAGCAUAAAUAAUAAUACCCUGGAAAAUGCGAAAAAUUUAUUUGUUUCACAUUGUGCAUUUAUUAUUACAUAGUUGUCGUAUUAUAAUGGGAAAUCAAGCACAAAACAAUCGAAACGAUAACAAUGGAAUUGAACGGAUUGCAGACAAAUUGCAAGAAACUGCAAUGAUUGUUUCUGGUAAUUCGAUUAAAACGAAUGAUGAUGGAAAUGUUGGCACCGAAAUACAAAGCUAUGUUGAUGGUACAGUGGAAAGUGUUACCGACUACACACUGCCACGUCCGACAUCUACAUUCUCAACGUACUUAAACACUCUUACAGUAGAUAGUACAGCAUUAAUUAACGUAACAACUGUGGCACCAAAUAAAGUAGUAACCAAACAGCCACAGAAUUCACCGAAAAAACACUUACCGAAAAUUCAACGUACUGAUGCACCAAUGUUGAACUACAUUUUCGAUUCAAUAUCAUCGGCAAACAAACAUCAUCACCACGACCACAGAUAUGGACCACAUUUUGAAGAUAUUUCCAGUGCAGGAAAUGUAACAAACAUUACAGUGCAAGUUGGUAGUGCUGUUUAUCUUAAUUGCCGAAUCAGUUUAUUGCAAGAUAAGACGGUAUCUUGGGUGCGACGGAAGAGCGGAGAAACCCAUUUGGAUCUGUUGACUGUUGGAAUGCACACAUACAGUGGUGACACUCGAUAUAAAAUGGAAUUCCAGUAUCCGAACAAUUGGAAACUGAAGAUUGAAUCAACCGUUAAAGAAGACGAGGGAUCUUAUUUUUGUCAAAUAUCGACACAUCCACCACGAGUAAUACAAAAGAAUUUAUAUGUCAAUGAUCCAAAAGUAUUAAUCAUCGACGAAAAAGGUAUUCCAUUACAAGAUAAAUAUUAUGAAGUCGAUUCAACAAUGCAAUUAUCCUGCAUCGUUCGUCAUGUGGCCAUGUCAACGUCUGUGGUUUAUUGGAGUCAUGGUGAUCGUAUACUAAACUAUGAUACGAACCGUGGCGGAGUAAGCGUUAAAACAGAAAUAAUGGAAAAAGGUGCAAACUCUACAUUGCUCAUAGCAAAAAUAAAUAAAUCAGACAGCGGGAAUUAUUCCUGUUCCAUACCAAAUUCAACGCAUGAUUUCACUGUUUUGGUACAUGUCUUGAAUGGAGAAAGCUUCGCGGAAUUACAUCACGGCAACUCUUGUAAAGUUAUCGCUACCGGAACUAGAAUAUUUCUAUUAUUUAUUGUUGUGAAUUUAAUUUUAUGGGAGCUGAAUAGGUAACUGAAUUAUUGAGUUUUCUGUUCUAUACGUUUUUUCUUUCUUCUGUGUUUGCGUUUAUGCUUUCCAUUUAUUGUAUACUGACUAAGGAAAGCGAAACAAAUGUAAUAAAAAAAGAAUCUAAUUAAUUAUGUUGAUGGAAUGCAUAGCAGUCGGAUACGAUGCAAGGAUAUAAUACAGUUAAGUCUUUAUAUAAACUAAUAAAAAAUAAAAAUAAAUAAAAAUAGGAAAGGAAAUUCGUAUUAUAGUUAUAACAACUAAGUAAAUUUAAAUAAAACAUUUUAACUUUUGUUCAUGUUUAUGGCAGUGAUGGGAUAAUUUUAUAUUCGUUUUCGAUAGUAAAAUUUGUUUAAUAUGGUGCACAGUUACAACAGCUAUAACAACAUCUCAAUCAGGAUAGACAGAAUAAAAAAGAAAAUCUUUUAUUUUUCAAAUUGCUGACACGUACGUUUUAUGUUUAAAUGUGUAAAAAGUUUGUUUACUCGCUUCGAUCUCGUUUCCAAGGGUGGCUGCGAAACGUGGCUGCUCAUUUGUUAUGUCAGGACCAGGGUUGUAUGCGCUAAACACGUUUUCGUUACACGAACAAAUCCAAGAUUUGAACGAAACCGGUCUCUGCCACUGUUUCGAACUAUGAGAUUUUAACACCUUACGAUGCUUUGCAUUCAAUAAUUUAAUAUUGAUCUUCAAAAAUGCUACAUCUCUUUAGGCCAUGCCAACAGUGGGAAGGAAAUGACUAAAGAAGCAGGUCAUACCCUUUUGCAUGUACAAGUCUAGCGAAUCAUAAAUGAAAUGAAAGUUGUCUUUCGCAUCAUCUCAUCACUGCAUCUGCUAACACAUGCGGAUCUCGUGGUGCAGCGACCACGACGCUGGUUUAAGCGAACAAAUCACAUACCAUACCAGCGUUGUAUGCGUAAACGUCUGGUUGUAUAUUGAAAUACCGAAUAUUUGAGUCGUGAAACUGGGCAAUGCAUGUGAAUUAGCGAUAUUUAGGAAGCGCUAAUCGCAAUACCACAUGCUUAACGUGACCACGCCAUCUAAGUAUUUUACACUCUGAAGGAUUUUUUGAAUAUUGCGCCUUAGUACCUAUAGCAGUGCUAAACCUACUAAAGCGCAGUAGGAGUAGAAUACCGGCAGCUUCCAACAAUGUGCACAACCAUACCAGAUUUUUAUGAAUCGAUUCAACCAGCUGUGUAUUUGUGUACAUGUGACAACCGAUUUUUUUUCUGGCCUGGUUGAGGCUCGAACCACCGACAACUCAAUCGUAUAUUGGAAAGCAGACAUGCUAACCAUUACGCCAUUGAGUUGCCGUUGAGAGCGAUAACGACUAGUGACGCUAAUACAACCCUGGUUAGUACGUUAGUCAUCACAAUGCCAAUGUCUUACAUUCAUUCGUUUCUUAGAUAUUCGAACUGUGUAACUUAUAAAAUUUGAUUUUAGUUUUCUAAAUAGAAAUUGACUAUUCGCUGAUGAUAUUUGCCUUUGUUGGUAUAGGAAGUCUGAUUGCAUUCAGGAACCGCGCUCGUUAUUUAACGGAAACAGAAGAUGCAAUUUGGAAAUGUUACGUGAAACAGCAGUGAAUAUUGCGGCAAAAGAUUUAGAUUCAUUUUAUUAUCCAAAGCGACUGCACACAAAAAGGAAAUCCUUUAUAAAAUGUCAAGAAUUUAUAACAAAAAAUGUUUCACUGAAAUUCCCGCCUCAUUGUAAAUUAACACAUUCUAGGCGACAUCUUGGUAUGUUAGCUCCAAUAUAUGGAGAUUUUCCAUCCGUUCACACUACGCUUCAUAUGAUACAAGUAUAUCCUACAUUUAUGUGAACUGCAAACAUUUCGAUAUUAUAAGCAUAGCUCAAGGAAUUUAAUUUUGUAAAAUGUAAAAAAUAGGUUUGAAUUUCAAACAGCCAGGAGCAUUGAGCACCUCAAAGUGCCACCGUGUUAUCAAUAUCUUUUUUUUAUUCCACUUUGUCCCACACAUUCACAUCUUGUGACUCAAACACCAUUUGAAUGUGUGGAACAAAGUAGACUAAUAAAAUUAAGAGAUUUAAUAACACGGCGGAACUUUGAGGUGGUCAUGAUCGUAUGAAAUACUUAUUUCUUUAAGUCUUUGUCUAAAAGCGUUUGUGAUGAAUAGUGAACAACUUAACGAACUCCUAAACAGUGACUGGGCGUGACAGCUGUCAAAAUAAAGGGCUGAGGUAUAAAGUUACAGUUACCUGCCUGUAUGAACACCAGUAAAACACAGUAUAGAUUCCAUUCGAAAUCUCGCUGUUUGAAAUUAAGUGGCCGUAUGGCAUACCUGUGGGGAUGUCUAUGCCUAGCAACCGUUUCCUUAAGACGAAAUUCGACUUUCCAAAUUCUUAUCAGUUUCAUAUACUGCCGAGAUCAUGGGCCACGGCAUUUUGUGGGUAGAGAAGAAAAUAGAAUACGAUUGCCGUAAUACCGCUCCAGAAAAAGAACUGGUCGCGAAUCAUUUUCAAAAUUUAGCAUUGAAUUUCCUCUACAUUUUACUUCAGUUUUUUUUACAACUAAUUUCAUUAACCAUUUUGACUAUGCGAAGUAGCCGUGACAUGCAUUAGCUUGCCAAUUAUAUAAGUCGACAUUCAAGUGUUUCCAACCACAGCAGUUGCCUUUGAAGUAUUUUUUUUAAAUAAUUUUUUAAUUUUUCUCUAUUAAUACUUCGUCUGCAAAGUAGGUGUAUGUUUAAUGUUUAUUAGCUCUUGUUAAUAGCAGGUCUUCAAUUCUCCACACGCAAAACGGUUGAAGCAAAAAAAUUCAUUCCAGUUGAGCUGCACUCUGCACUAACUAGAUUACACUUUUAAUUUUCUCGGAAAUUUUAUGUUAAUUUUCAUUCCGUGCUGUUGUAACAAGGGGGUGUGGGGUUUACGUUGAAAAGUAUGUAACAGGUAAAAUUAUAAUGAAAAAGAGAUCUUAGAUGUUAUUAAAAAUAACAAAACAACAAAAUAGUUAAAAAAAAAUAUUUUACUAGAGUUAAAAGAUGUGUUGGAACAAAAUAUAAAAAUAUAUUUAAACAACAAUAAACAAGAAAAACUAAUUAUAAUAUUAAAAA